AUGUCUGUGAACGUCCCCGUCGACCCUAAGCAGAGGGACAAGGACAUCAACGCAAAGCUCCAGCUUUUCGGGAUCUACCAUGCCUUCAAGAACAGCAAGCUGCCCUCGAACAAGCAGAUUGAUGUCGCCUUGAACUCCGCCUUGAACUCCAAAGCCCUCACUUCUCCCCCCAAGGACCUGUCAGAGGACGGCCAGGUUCUUGUUCAGGACCUGCGCGAUGUAAUUGAGCAGUCCAAGAAGCUGCUACUUAGCAAGAAUGAGGGCGAGCUCCUCCAGGAGUUCAUCUGGCAAGCCCAACAGAUCACCGCGGGUGAUGUCAAGAACCCCAAUGUGCCAAUUUCCAAGGAAGAUAGCAAGCAGGAUGGCCAGAAGGCUCUCGAGGGCCUCAAGACCCUCGGAACGCUUCUGCUCACCAACGGAGAAUUCCGAAAGAUCCUGAGCGAUGCUAUUGUUCUCUUGCGCGACCUUGCCGCCGAUGCUUCCACCAAGGCCGCCGACGCGAUCCGCCCAUCCGAGGAGCAGCUUUCCCAGGUUGACAAUCCCGCCGAGGAGAACGUCUGGCACGAGAAGCCCAACCUCUCCAAGGAGGAAAUCAAGAACCGCCUGAAGAAGAACAAGAAUUUGCAGAAACCGCCGAGACUGAAAGAAACGAUGCCUCUUCCGUCACCCCCCUCCGAGGCCAGCCGUCGCAAGAAGUAUGCCAAGCAGACCAAGGAGUUCCUUGAGGAGAAGUUCCCCCAGGAGCGCCGUGACCAGGCCAUCUGGCGUCUGAAAAAGAUGGUCAUUGAAGUCCAGGGCCACGCCGAUUACCAGCAGGCCAUCGAGACGCUGCUCGAGCUGGCUGAGAAGUAUGCCGGUCAUGCAAAGACUGUUGGCCAGGAUACCGGCGCUGCUGCUAAGGAUUGGCGUUCUGCGGGCCCCGUCCAGGUUGCCGAGACCAGCCUGCGCACCCUCAUUGAGCGUUUCGCCAACAACACCUCCCUGGCGGACUUCUUCGAAUCUCUGAACAAUGUCUACCGCGACGCCGAACAAGACCCUGAGCUGCGUGGCUGGUUCAGCAAGGUGGACACUUACAUUCGCAAGUGCCUGCGUGAGCAGGGCUUCAUCAUGGAGGACGAGGCUAACAAGCAGUGGAGUGAGCUCUACGACAAGGGUCGCUACCUCCUCCGUGAACGUUACCGCACCCACACCGACAAGAUCAUUGACGAGAUGAAGUUCAUUGCCGACCAGUUCGACAAGGACCCGCUCAACCAGGCCCUCGCCCAGUCCUUCCAGAAGCUCUUCCACGACCUUGGUCAUGAUCGUAACACUGGUGGCAAGCAGGCCUUCAAGCCCCACCUUCUGCGCGACCUGCGCGAUGUUAUCAUUCCGGGCAUCUUCGAGAACGUCCGCUAUGUCCCUAUUCCUCGUAUUGAGGUCCAAGACCCCGCCGUGGACGUUGUGGUCGAGAACCUCGUCAUCGAGAGCAACAAUCUGUUCCCCAAUGUUGUCGAGUUCGGUAGCGACAACUACUUCCGCUGGGGCCGCAAGAAGGUUGCCAACAAGCGAAACAACAAGAUCAUGAUUGCUGCCUCCGGGAUCCAGGCUGACCUGCGUGACGUCAGCUACUACAUCGACAAGAAGCAGGGCUUCCCGUCUCUCACUGACACCGGUGUUAUGGACAUUCUGCUUGGCGGCGAGGGUUUCAGUUUCAAGAUUGCCGCCUCCACUCCUGACGAGAAGGACAAGGCCCACUUCUUCAAGGUUGACAAGGUCUCGGUCAAUGUCAAGAACCUCAAAAUCAAGUUGAAGAAGUCCAAGCACAAGGCCCUCUUCACCACCUUCAAGCCCAUCCUCUUCAAGGUCAUCCGCCCUGCCGUUGAAAAGGUCAUCGAGGCCCAGAUCCGCGAGGGCUUCGAGAGGGGCGAUCGCUUCUUCCACGAGAUCCACACUGAGGCCCAGAAGGCCCAGGAGGCCGCCCGUGAGAACCCCGAAGACGCUCCCACGAUCUUUGCCCGCUACGCUGAUGCCAUCCGUGCCCGCACCCAGCGCAAGGCCGAGGCCGCCCAGGCCGUCGUCCAGCGCGACACUACGGUCAAGACCGCGCUGACUUUGAAGGACUCCAUGUACCCCAACAUCAAACUCCCUGGCGGCAUCUCUACCAAGGCGACCGAGUACGUCGAGCAGGCCGACAAGGGUGAGAAGUGGGAGUCCCCCAUCUUCAGCAUCGGGCACGCCGGUGAGUCCAAGGACAUCCCCGCCACUGGCUCCGUCGCCCGCAAGCCUCACGAGACUGCCGAGGACGUCGCUGGCGGAGCUGCCGGUAACGCUGCCGCCGCCGGCAGCAGCACCACCGAGACCAACGGCGCUCGCGGCUUCUCUGACGAGGUUGACCAGGCUCUGGGCAAUGAGAAGGUCGCCGAAGUUGUCAACGGCACCAACGGCACCAACGGCACCAAUGGUACCCCUGCCAUCGCUCACUAG